AUGUUUUUACCACCUCUAUCGCAUGUGCAUAUGCGUAUUUGGUAAAAUAAAUUGUGUGUCGUUUUUUUUGCUGUGAAAUUUCGACGUAAUUUUUUCGCGAAUUUGCAAAUAUUAAAAUGCAACUGUUGCGCCUUAACAAUAAGUUGCUCGCUGCCGUCGUCUAAUACGCAUCAAAGGGAAUAUUUUGCCGUGUCAGGUUGACGACUACGACGACGCCGACAACGACGACAACGACAACAACGACGACGACGACGAGGAGGCGAAGGUGGACGGGGAGGAGAAGGAGGAGGAGAUAGGGAAAGCCACAUGAGAACGAUGACAAAAGACUACGACUACUUGCUGAAAGUUCUGCUCGUUGGGGACAGCGAUGUGGGCAAGCAUGAGAUACUCUCCAAUUUGGAGGAUCCAUCCACCGAGAGUCCCUUCUGCAAUGGCAAUGACUGCACAUCGCACAUACUGCAAACGGUAGCGUAUAAAACAACAACGAUACUGCUCGAGGGUAAACGGGUCAAGCUACAGAUAUGGGAUACAUCCGGCCAGGGGCGUUUCUGCACCAUAAUACGCUCGUAUUCUCGCGGUGCACAGGGCAUCAUUCUGGUGUACGACAUCACAAACAAAUGGAGCUUCGAUGGCAUCGAUCGCUGGCUGAAAGAGGUCGAGGAGCAUGCACCUGGCAUACCGAAGGUGCUGGUGGGGAAUCGUCUACACUUGGCGUACAAGCGUCAGGUGGCUGCCAAACAGGCGGAAACGUAUGCCUCACGCAACAACAUGUCCUGCUUCGAGAUAUCGCCACUCUGCGACUUCAACAUACGCGAAUCCUUUUGCGAAUUGGCACGCAUGGCGCUGCAUCGCAAUGGUAUGGAGCACAUCUGGCGCAGCAACAAGGUGCUGUCGCUGCAGGAGCUCUGCUGUCGAACGAUUGUGCGCCGGACAAGCGUUUAUGCCAUUGAUUCGUUGCACCUGCCGCCCUCUGUGAAAUCGACCCUCAAGUCAUAUGCGCUGACAACGUCACAGUGCUACAACUCUUUAACGCAAAACUCAAAGAGUCGGAAUCGCUGCAAGACGCCCACAAGCAACAGUCGCAAUAGUUGUGCGAUCGCGUGAUUGCCGGCUUGUAGGCGGUCAAUCGAGGACAACGUUUCUUGUGGAACCAGCCUACGCCUAAAUCUAAUACCUACUUUACUUAUUUAAUCUUAAGCCAACACACACACACACCCACACACUCACCACUCAAACACACAUCAAAACUAGAGCGCGAGUAUUUCCAAAAACAAAACAAAACAAAACAAAGAAAUUCGAAAUUUUGUCAUCAGCAUUACAAUAUUUAUUAACUUGAAUGGUUAUAUUUUUUUACAUCCUAAAAGCAAAGAGAUAAGAGAAGAAACUAAAGUGUAAUUGCUAAACACACAUCUACGAUACAUAUACGCUAUACAUAAAAACAUAAACAUAAUAUAUAUAUAUUUUUUUUUAACAUUUAACAUGAUCACUACAUUUACAAUCGCAUUACUAUAAUGUUGUUAAUAUUAUUAUAUUAUUAUUAUAUUUGUAUAACUCUAAUAUUUAAUACGCUGAUAUACUUAUACGAGGUAUUCUUAUUUUUUAUUAUUAUUUUAUUAUUUUUUUUUUUUAUUAUACAUUGUCAUCUCUUUAUUUUGUUUAUUCCUUCUCUCUUUUUAUUUCUAUGAAUUUGUUUGUUAACAAUCAAGGAAUAUUCAUAAAACAAAAAAUGUAAUUAAAUGCGAACGAUUUGAUAAGUUGAUACUAAUAAUAAUAAUUAUAAUACCGAUACUGAUACUGAUACUGGAUACUGAUCGUGAUGAUGAUGAUGAUGAU